CAGUCGCAAACAAGGCAACAUUUUCAUGUGCCUCUGCUGCUUUCACCAUUCUCAUUCUCUACUUAUCGUGGAAGCUAGGACCAAGGAGGAUCGGCCAAGUCAUGUAGAAUAGGUCAAUAAAUUGGCCAGAUUGGUGUUCUCGUCAACUCUGUGAUGGCUUGUAGAAAGAUUUUCAAAUAUCGUGCUGUGAAGGAGAAAAUACAAGAUAUGACCGCCUUGCGCAGCGCCAAGGCCGAAGCAAAGGCUGAAGAACAGGCAGAGAAGGACAUUGCAAAAGCAAGAAUGGAAGUAGCUCAUGAGAUUAGAUUAGCCAAAGAGGCUGAAGCUGCAAUGGAGUUACAUGCCGCCAAAGCUCAACAGAAGGCUUCACAAGAAAUGGCAAAACACUAACCAAACAAUUCUCAUAAUGCUCCUCCAUCCAUCAAAUCCAUUGAUGACCUGAUCCCCCUUACAGCCAGAAAGAUAGGUUCCUUGUAAUGUUCCCAUUCUUAUGAGAAAAAUGCAUUAUAUUACUUCUAGUCCUAAUUAUAAGAGCUAGUUGA